AUGUGCGACGAAGGAAUCGGUACCGAAUGCAACUUUUUCGACGUUGAGGGUUGUAGCGAAGCACUUGCAGCAUCAGGCCUGAGCGAGGACGAAAGCGGACGUCAAACAUGCUCAGGUGUCAUCAGGGCAACCAACGCCGAAUGCUCCUGUUCGUGCGACUGCGGUGCCGGCGGGGCGUUCAAUAGCCGAGGCGACUUCGACGAUCUUUUUGACGGAAUUGCGAACAGCUGCGUCAUCGACGCCGGCAGUCACCCAGGCUCUGAUACCUAUCAGGGCACUAUUGGUGGUCGCAUAACGUGUUCGCUCACCUGA